GGAUAUAUUUGGUGAGGAAGGUGUGCGGAGGAUGCAGGCUGUGAGGGAGACGGUGGAUCUGGAGGGAGUGAUGCGGUUAACAGGGGAGUUCAAGGUGUAGUAGAGAAAAUGCGAAAUGAGAACGGUGCUACCAUCAUGUUGUAUGGUAGAGAAAAAACUCUUUCCGCAUCUUUGUGCUUCUGUCACCGACAUCGCCCACCACCUCUCGUCCUGUUCAGCUAGUCCAACGACCUCUCACGGCGUUCGUCUGGGUUCCAUACAGGCCCGACACUGUAUAUCACUUUCCAGCAAGCGGAGCAGUUGCGAGAGAGGUUCAAGCAGGCAGCGGGAGAGACGACGAGCUCGGUGUGGAUCAGCCAUGACACACUCCCCACCUGUCAUUCAUGACCACCGUUCAUCGAAUCACCGACACCGUGUUUCGAGGACGUGCACUCUGCCCUCCCCUCUCACCCCGUCACGCGGUAUCGACUGGCUACGCCAUGUCUGUUCUUUGUUGUACUUUUUUGGAUUAUCCUUCUUCCUCUCAUUUAUUUUUCGAUCACUUAUAUAUCGCCGUAAAGCAGCCAUAUAGCUCUUCAACACCUUUGGCGGUGAUUUCCAAUUUUGGAGGCAGUGCCAGUGAUAAUAAAAUGAGGAAGCGGGUUCAGAUAUCAAGGUACUUGGUCUCCAAAGGGAAGAGUUUGUACAGGAACAUAUUGUGAGCA